AAGAGCCUCGACAGUUCCUGGUUCAUUUUUCCUGUUUGCGAGUCAAGCGAGUGUUCGUCACUUUUGUCUUUCUCUGCGGGAUUAAAAGUGGCAAACAUCUUUUUGUUUCACGCUGACAUCAUGAACUUGUUUUUAUUCUUUCUUCUGGUCGUGCAAAUGCACAGCGUGACGCCUGUGAUUCACACGCUGCAGUAUUUCCACACUGUGUCCUCUCAAGUUCCAAACUUCCCAGAGUAUGUGAGUGUUGGUUAUGUUGAUGGAGUUCAGAUUGUUCACUAUGACAGCAACAGCAGGAAAGCAGAAGCCAAACAGGACUGGAUGAACAAAAUCACAGCAGAGGAUCCAAAAUACUGGCAGAUACAAACAGAGAUCAGUGUUGAUAAUGAGUUGAGGGACAAACACAACCUUGAAGUUUUUAAGAAGCGUUUCAACCAAACUGGAGGUGUUCACAUUUUCCAGAGGAUGUCUGGAUGUGAAUGGAAUGAUGAGACUGAUGAAGUUAAAGGUUGGCGUCAGGAAGGUUAUGAUGGAGAAGAUUUCAUAUCGUUGGACAUGAAGACAUGGACAUUUACUGCAGCAAAACAACAAGCUUUCCCCACCAAACUCAAGUGGGACCAGAACAAACAUCUACUAGAUGACAAGAAGUUUUACUACACUGAGAUAUGUCCUUCUUACUUGAAGAAGUAUGUGAACAAUGGGAAGGAGGUCCUAAUGAGAACAGAGCUUCCAGAGGUGUUCCUGCUCCAGAAGACGCCGUCCUCUCCGGUCAGCUGCAUGGCGACAGGUUUCUACCCCGACGGUGCCGACCUGUUUUGGAGGAAAGACGGCGAGCAGAUCUUCGAGGACGUGGAGCACGGAGAGAUACUCCCCAACCACGACGGAACCUUCCAGAUGUCGGUGGCGCUGAAAGUGGAGGUGACGGCCGACGUGGAGGGCAAGUACGAAUGUGUGUUUCAGCUGUCAGGCGUCAAGGAGGACUUGGUCACCAAGCUGGAGAGAAGAAGCAUCCUGAGCAACGCAAGCCAUGAAGACAACUUGAGCGUCGCCCUCGCUGUGGCGGCCAUCAUCAUCAUCAUCAUCAUGGUCAUGGUCAGGCGUCACAGAAACAGACAAGGUGAGGGACGCCAAUGUCCUCUGUCUUCUUCUUCUCGGUGCACUCGGUCCAGGCCGUGAGUUGAUGCUUUCAUCCGGGCUGCAAAGGUGCGGCCAUCUUUUAGUUGCCUUCCAGCCAAACACUCAAAGAUCCACAGAGACAGAGCGCACACUCUCACGUAGAAACACGGCGUGACGUGAGG